UAAUGAGUGAUAAACAUUUAUGAUCAUCAUCAAUGGGACUAACCUGAACAAAAAUCUUCAGUUUAUUCUUCAUGAAGCAUUCGCCUUCUUCUUUUGAGGUAGCGAACUUCCUCUAUCAUCAUUUUUAAGUAUUUAGACAAAUCUUUCCCAACGCUGGGAAAUUAGCUUUAACUAGCUGAAUUAACCUUUAGAAAAGUAACCGCUUGGAGCGCAAACCAGCACCAAACGAUUGUGUAUAUUCCCGGGGCAUCGCAAUCAUCGCAACCGAUCACCGUAAAAAUGGCCAAAUUCAGCGGGAAAAAAUGUCGCCUAUUGACGGUGAUGUCGCUGACGAUAUUCUUCUUCUUCGUCGAAAUCGUCGUCGGCUAUCUGACCAACUCGAUGGCCCUCGUGGCCGACAGUUUUCACAUGCUGGGCGACAUUGCGGCCCUAGUGAUCUCCUUCCUAUCAAUUAAGAUGUCACCAAAGAAAUGGUCCAAAAACACAUUCGGCUGGGCCCGGGCAGAAGUUCUCGGCGCUUUGGUCAACGCUGUAUUCCUAGUGGCGCUGUGCUUUAGUAUCACAAUCGAAGCAUGUAAAAGAUUUAUUGAAGUGGAACACAUACACGAACCGGAGCUGUUAAUCUGGGUCGGCGUUAUCGGACUUCUAGUCAAUCUUUUGGGACUGUGUUUGCUCCAUAAACACGGAGGUGGGCACAUGCACUCACAUGGCGGUAUGUCCCACCAGCAUGGCCUCUCGCACGGUGGUUCCCACGGCAAUCUGACUCAUGUGGCCAAUUCGGACGACAAUGAGAAUAAAUCUUUCAUGUAUCAGAAUGGCAAUCCUCCUUCGAAAAAGUCUUCUCAUCAUGGACACUCGCACGAUUCGACGCAAAUGAACAUGCGGGGCGCUUUCCUGCACGUGCUCAGCGAUGCCCUCGGCAGCGUGAUAGUGAUAAUUAGUGCACUGGUCGUUCGGUACACCGAUUGGGAGUACAAACUGUACAUGGACCCGGCACUUUCCAUUCUGCUGGUGAUUCUCAUAUUGCACUCCGUAUGGCCACUGUUGCGCGAAUCGGCCCUGAUUCUGCUGCAAACGGUACCGACGCACAUCCAGGUGGACGCCAUUCAGCGGCGGUUGCUGGAGAAGGUCGAUGGGGUGCUGGCCGUGCACGAGUUCCACGUGUGGCAACUGGCCGGAGAUCGGAUCAUUGCGUCCGCUCACAUCCGCUGCCGGAAUCUGUCCGAGUACAUGAAGAUUGCCGAGAAGGUGAAGGAAUUUUUCCACAACGAAGGCAUCCACUCGACCACCAUCCAGCCGGAAUUCGUCGAAAUCGAGGCGCUAUAUUCUGGUGGAGUGGGAUCUCAGAACGAGCAGUUGAAGAUCGUUGUCGCUGAUUCUCCACCACAAGCAGGAGCCGUAACAGCACCACCCCCAGCACUGCCCAGAUUGUUGUCUACGACGACAGAAUCGACGAACACCUCUGCUGGCAGGAUUGUGGAGUAA